GAUCCGGAGAGCUGGAAGGAGAUCGUAUGCCGAGGACCCCUGUACUUCUGCACUGUUCAGGAACUUUUGAGUAGCCCCAUUUUCGAUUCGUCAGUGAGUAGUGAAAGAGAACUCCCUGUCAUGUACCACCGCAAAGUGUAAAGACGAUAUUAGGGAGCUCAUAGUCAUUUUAGUUUGUGACCGGUUCGUCAAACCAGCAGGAUGACAUCAGUGAGAGAGAAUAGCCAACUCCUGAUGGCCGUUAUCGAAGGCCUAUCGACAGGAGGAGUGGCACGGGAAUCAGAGAAGGAGCGCCUGAUGAAAAAGUAUGAGAGCGCCGACCGGGCAAUCGACCAGGUUGUUGAUGAGCACCAUGAUGCGCUGACGCAGUCCAUCAGAUCCUACACCAAGAUCUCUGCUAAUCUCAUCGCAUCCCAGCAGCGGGUCACGUUCCUGAAGGAGAGCUUGGUGAAAUGCAAGAAACUACUUCAUUGCAAGCGCGGCUAUCUGCUGAAGUUAUGGCUGGAGUGCCGUGAGCAGCGGGAGAUUCUCAAGAUCCUCGACAAGAUUGAGGAGGUCAAGGGUGUGCCCGAGCAGGUCAACCGUCACCUGGCUAACAAGCACUAUCUGCUGGCUACGAAGAUGGUCACAAGAAACGUAAAACUCCUCGAGGACGACUUGGGCUCAAUCGAGGCACUGCGGGAGCUGCGCUGUGAUAUGCGUGACCUGAAGGAGACCCUACACAACACAUUGAUUGAUGAACUACACCGGCAUCUCUACACCGUGGCUGCAGCAAAGUGUAGACGGACAAUGGAAAGCCGACAACAGAGCAGUUCUCGCGCACGCUCAAUAGGCCACUCUGGCUCCCAUAGCUUCUUCACAACAUCACCGGUCCCAAUGGAUUUUGCCGUUGACUUUCCCAAUCAAAAGCAGGACCUAAAUGCCUUGAGCUGCGCUAACACAACUGGCUUGAUGGAGCUGGACCCAGACACGCUGGAAGACAAAAUGACGGCCGACCCCGAAGAGGACUCUACACACUUCAUGCUCAUCCUGGUCCACUCGCUAUCCAUCCUAAACAAGAUUCCGGACACUAUCGAUCGUAUCAUUGUGCGCAUGGACACUGAAUUUACCAAGCUGGUGCAGUCGCUGAUCGAAGAGAUUGCAGCAAGAACUGAGGAACAUGGAGAUACUGUCUAUUUUACUGCUGAAGCUGACAGACCUGGCCAACAGAAGCUGCUUCUUCAGCUAUUGCGUUUGGCGUUUGAGCGCUUCCAGGCGGUAGCGCUGGCGCACAACACAUUGCUAGGGCAGUUCAAAGCAGUCAUGUUGUAUUCCGGAAUAAGCAUACCGCUCUACAAUAUGGAGGAAGUCUGGUCAUCUGUGCAAUUUGUGUUGCAAGCUCUCUUGGGCGAGUACUUCGAUGUCAAGAACUCGCAAAGUAACCGCGAUGCAACCAACUUUCACUCAAUCUCGAAUAUGUCGCAGUACUUUGACAACAGUGGGAAGAAGAAGUCAAUGCAAAGGCGAAAUAAAUCCCUGUUCGCGUUUGACUCGUCCACCAUAGCGUUGACAGUGCAAUCUGUGCAAGCUAGUGCCAAUGGUGAAGACAUCACAGCUCUUGGCAGAGAAUAUAUGCCGGAUGCUCCAGAAGACAAGCCUCCGUUCAAAUUUCUCUGCAAGCCGCACCCGGAGAAUGUCACUGUUGUGUUCAAUGAGCUGCUGCUGAUCACUAGCGUCCUGAAAGACCUUCUCAGCAUACCAACUGAACAACACUGUCCACUGUCAGAGUUUGUUGAAGACUUUGUCAAUGUCACGUAUCUCAAUCGCAUUCGCAGUGAUACUCGUGACAAGGUCAUCGUUGCAACAGAAGGUGGUGAUGCGUUCAAGGUUAUUCUGACUGAUGACGGUGGAGCUAAGAAGGCUGGUCCGUCCAAACCAGUUUUCCAAGGAGCGGUGUCCGUAGUGCAGCUGUUCGCUCGCUUCCGCUCCUUGCUAGCACAACUGCCGUCGUUCCGGCCGCAGAUUCUUGACGUUGUCAUUGGCGUUGUGGACAUGUUUCGCAAGUCAACUCUUGACUCAUUCAGAAGGCUGGCCAAGCCGUGUGGUGUUGAUGCGCUGGUGCUGAGUGCAUCCUGGACCAGCGACACACUGGUACUUGCUGCUUUCUUUUCAUUCCAUAGCUGGACAGAGCAACCGGUUGGCCCUAAGCAGGCUGGUGCUGCUCCAGAGGCAACACAGGCGUCGAAAACGUUUGCCGCCUCACCACACACCCAGGAAACUGAAUACCUCAAGAAGUUCUUGAGAGAUACAUCUGACACAGAAGAGUGCAAGCUUCGUGCUGGGAAUAUCAUGUCUCUGUCGGAAUCUACCUUUGGAAUGCUGGCAUGUACACAGGAAAGUUUGGAAUGGACAUACAACUGCUACGUGAAGGAGGAAACUCGACCCAAUGACACCGACCCGGAAGAAGUGUCACGCCACGAGUUCAUACAGGAUUUGAAGCGGCAGUUGGUUGAGAUGUCUCAGCGAGUGCUGGUCAUUCUGCACAUUGAACUGCGCUUCCAAUGUUACUAUUACCUUCGCCACAUCCUGCAGAGAAGAAAUUAUGUCUGCAAAGAGAACGACUCCAUUGACUCGGCUAUCAUGGACGUUAACAAGUUCUUGAGCGGAGUGGAAGAAGCCCUGUCGCCUCACCUACAGCCGAUGAAAAUGAAGUACUUGCUCUCUGGUUUGGGACACUUCAUGGCAUCUCUCAUCCUCGAUGCCUGCUAUCACAUCAAAGAGCUCAAUCGGCAUGGCAUUAAAAAACUAUGCCGGAUGAUCUUCUCAAUUCAGCAGAACCUCACCAACCUGACCAUGGCGAGGGAAGUUGAGCUGGAUCGUGCACGCCAGUACUGCGAACUCUUCCAUUUGCAUGCCGAUGAACUGUGCCGAGUCAUCUUGGAUCAUGGUCGCAUCUUCUCCGACGAGCAGUACAAGACAGCAUUGCGCCUGAUGAUCCUGCAAGGUCAGGCGAAGAAAGCCGUGUCUUUCAAUGAAUACUGGUCUAAGGUGCAGGGCGCCUUGGCUGGCAAACGUCAGUAAUACUAGCACCCCCUCCUCACCAGGGCGCCUUGGCUGGCAAACGUCAGUAGGAGCGUACCCUCCUCACCGUCUCGCCCAGCAUGCUGUCAGAUUUUCUUCCUUGCAUGUUUCAUCUUUGUUGUUCUCUAGCGCUUGAAUAUUUCUCUUCUAUCAGUGUUGUAUUAGAUCUGAAAUAUUUUCCCCUAUCUAACAUUUUGCCCGCGUUGUGCUGUGUGAGCUGCGCCACACCUCGCUUGACUUUCCUGUUGACGCCCCCGACCUGCCCAGCCUCCGUGUGUAUUGUCUUCACUCAAGAGUGUUCCAUUGUCGUCCCCCCCCCCCCCCUCUGCUCUAUCGGAAACAGAUCACUAUCCUAUCUAAUCCAGUGUGUGAUGAUAGGCUUCCGUCUUCUGUCUUUUGUCUAUGCUGCAAACAAACACGCUACGCAGGUUCAAUAGCCGAACUGCCACGGCAUAUAUUAUACUUUUUCUGCACCCCAUGAAAAAGCAUGAAAUCCAUACCUCCUUGACUACUUGUAUUUUAAUUUACUAUCCACUAUUAUUCCUAGGCCACCGAUUAAAGGAAUGAAUUUGAUGAUAUGAAGAGAUCAGAUUUAGUUCACAAACACCUUGUCACUAUUCGGUUUGUUAUUAUUUGGGAGCCCUAUUUUGAAUUGACCCACGCUCUUUUCUUGCAUUUUUCUUCGCAGUUUGAUUGUGCUUGAUGUUGUUGAAUGUUCCUUGGAAUAAACUUAUCAUUCAGUGUCGAU